CCGACACACUCAGGUGAUUUCCGCAUGAGUGACUUUGGGAGGAGGGUGGUCAAAGUUCCAGGUCCAAAGUCAACAAACAGCCACAGUCUUAAGAUGAAGGACCCUAUCAGCACCUGCUCUUAUAACGAACUGUAUCAAAAUGUGAAACGAUUCUCAAAAAGUGGGGAAUACUUCAGCAAAGAACUGAUGACAGUAUUCCAGCAAAGGUCUGAGCUUGAACUGACGUACUCAAAAGGACUACAAAAACUUGCAGGCAAACUCAUCAGGGCCUCCAAAGGAAUGUCAAACAAUUCCACCUACAGUGCCUGGUGUCGUGUGUCAGAUGAGAUGUACUCAAGAGCAGAUGCCCACAGAUCACUGGGAAAUGCAUUUCAGCAAGAAGCAAUCGUGGAAAUACGACAAGUCUUAGACGAACACACUAAGAGGAAGAGGCCUCUUGACAACGCCGUUGACAGAAAUGGAAAACUUGUUACUACUAACUGGAGUGAGCAACUCAAGAUUAAGAAGAAAUUGAUUGGACUAACAAGAGAGCAUGAGGAUUUGUUCAACUUUGUCGGGAGCAACAAACACAUUUGCACUGAAAAGGAGAAACAAAAGAUGCUGAACAGGCUGACUAAGUCAGCAGAGAUGCAGGCGCGGGUGGAUGAGGAGUACUUUAAUAUCAACAUGGAGGGUCAUCAAAUGAGACUCAAGUGGGAAAAUACGCUGAAAAACUGCUACCAGAUCAUACAGGAGCUGGAAAAACAGCGGAUUGAAGUCCUCUGCAACAUUUUGAACAGAUACAACCUCUACAUGUCCAGCUUUGGGCAGACCCUCCAACACGGCCAAAGACAGAUCGAGCAGGCAGCCCAAAGGGUGGACAUGGAUAAAGACAUUCAGACCCUGGUGGAGGAAAACAACAUCACAGAUGUAGACAGCAAAGCUGAGUUUUUGAUGGCUGAUUAUUUUGAAGAAGACAGCAAAUCCCUGAUGAGCAGAGAAAGAAGAAAAGAGGCCAUCAAAAUCAAACUGCAGCGUCUGGAGGACAGGGUCGUAAAAACACAGAAAGACCGUGAAGGAAUUGAAAAACUGAUGAAAACUUACACAGAAAAUCCAUCUUUUUCAAACCAAAAGAACCUUGAGGAGACAGAGCAGCAGCUGGAUGAGAGUACUCUUAAACUGGAUCUCCUGGAGGCCACCCACUACAAACUGUCUUUAUCAAUGUGUGAAUUAGAGGGGAAGCCCAGGUCCUUUCACCGGUUUAAAGACAGCAUCGUGAAAUGGAAAGAUAGGGACUCUGAGCACAGUGUGGUCCAACUGCCUCGUCCAGUCAAACUCAGGAGGACCCUGUUCAGAUCCCGUCAAUCACUGAGGGCGUCUAUCAUUUACAAAGGACCUGUGCAGUUUAUGACACAGCAGUCUGCAGAGUCCUUACCAGGUGCCACUGAGCAAGGCACUUCAUCAGCCACUGCACAUGAGCCUGUUUCUGUGGAGUGUGACAGCACUGUCAACGGAAGCCUUCCCCACACUGAUGAGGACAGAGAACAAGGUCACAUAACACCAGUAAUGAGCAGUUUGGGAAAUUGCAAAGCCCUGUAUGAUUUCACACCUGAACAGGAUGAUGAACUGACUUUAAAAGAAGGAGACCUUCUAGAUAUCUACAGAAAGGAAGAGAACGGUUGGUGGUUUGGAGAACUAAACGGGAAGACAGGGCAUUUCCCAUCAACCUAUGUGGAGGAGCUGCCUGUGCUGAGCAGCAUCAAAUCCUCUGAAGCCUGAAGAGUUUACUCAUGAACUGCAAAUACACCAAAUCACUCAGGAUGAAAAAAACAGCCCUGCAAAAAAGAAAAUGAAUGGAAGGAACUGGAAGCAUCAUGCACCAAGAAAAAACACACAUUCAAUCUGUUGUGAUUAUUGAUAUGCACCACACAUCUGCCAACACUGUAUCAAAUCACCACUUUCUUAAAUUAGUUUAUAAUGCAGUGUGGAUUCACAAUGUAUGUUCAUUUUUAUGUUCAAACUCAUUCGUCUCUUUUAUUUAUUUCACACUGUGUAAAGACAAGCUCAACUAAAGUGAGUAUCAAAUAAAUAUGUACUUCUUUUAA